UCGUAAUUCAUCUGUGCUUUACUUAAUGCUCAUGUAUGAAAACCGAUUGUUUGUCAAUAGAGGACAAAGAUCUUUGUGCAUGGUUUCUAUAUUAUCUCUCGUUAGAAGUGUUGUUAACGCUACUCAGCAAAUUUCAAGAAGGAAUAAAAGGAACUUGAAGUAUAAUGAUAUGUCAUGUGAAAUUCCCACAAACACGCAUAUUAAAUCCUCACUAAAGUAUAAUUUGAGGUUUUGGUUGGUAAUGUUUAUUGUGUGUAGGAGAAACUUGGGUAUAAUUUGAGGUUAUGGUUAAUGAUGUCUAAAAUGAACGACAUUCAUACUACAGAAGAAAAUUCGAGAGCAAAUAACGUACAAAUGAGCAGCAGGGAUAAUUCUACAAUUGAGAAUAAUACUUUAACAGUGGCCCAAAAGGCAAGAAUUGAAAGAAAUAGACAAACUGCAUUGCUUUUAAAACAAGCUAGGCUUAUACCGCAUCCUUAUGCUAAAAUAAAUACGGCCGAUUCCGUGGAGAAGAGCGUGAUUAAGGUCCAGGGUAGUAAGUUCAUAGAUACUGGUGGUGGAUUUUUGCUGGAGGAAAUAGUUGGAGAAGACCAAGAUGGUGAACCGAUCAAACUCACAGCUGAACCAGCACCCAUUAUGGAACCUGACCGACCUAUCUGCAAGGAGUGCAAGGAAGAGUUUGAUGAUUCUUACCUCUUCCAGAACUUCGAUCAUCCAGUGUGUGACAGCUGCAGGGACAAUGAAGAGCUGCACAGACUCAUCACAAAAACAGAUGCUAAGAAUGUUUACCUGCUGAAAGAUUGUGAUCUGGAGAAACGAGAUCCGCCACUCAAGUUUAUCAUGAAAAAGAAUCCUCACAACAUGCGCUGGGGGAACAUGAAGCUGUACCUGGAACUGCAGGUGGAACAUCGUGCGCUAGAGGUGUGGGGAUCAGAAGAAGAGCUGGAGGCAGAACGAGAACGGAGGGAAGAAGAACGGGCAAAAUCCAAAGCAAAGAAAUAUAACAAGCAGCUGAAAGCAUUACGUAUGUCGGUGCGAAGUAGUCUCUACGAUCAUACCAACAAAUCAUCACACGAGCACCAGUUCGGACCAGAGUCUUACAAUGAAGCGGAUGAUAUGUACACUCACACCUGCACUACUUGCGACUACACAGAGACAUUUGAGAAGAUGUGAAAAGCUAUGACCAGAUAAAUCCUUUCCUGUGUUUGCAUCUUCGUUCUUCAACACUGAAAGAGACUGUAGUUUUUCAGUGAACACCCUUUAUCGUCUUGCCUUCCUUUAGUGGAAAUUCUUAGAAUUAUUGUAUUUCCUUGACUUUAAGACACUGCUGAUUGUGGGGCACAUCCUUGAUUUAAUACCAAGUUUUCAGGAACAAAAAUGAUAUGUCGAUUCAUGGACGCUAUCAUACGUAAUACACACCCUGAUUUAGAAAAUUUUAAAAUGUGAAAAAGUGCAUCUUAAAAUCAAGGAAAUACAGUAAUAAACAUACAUGUCAAAAUUGGAUAUUUGAGAAAUGGUGGCAGAAGAUGAAGUCUAUGUUUUUCGUACAAAGAACAAGUUUCUGAACCAUAACAUGGUAUUUCCAAGGGAUGCCCAAACUGGAUGUGACCCAGAUUGUCUCAUUGAGGAGGGUACAUUAAAAUUCCUUUACAUUUCUCGGUUAUUUUCACUUAAGAGAAAGCUUUAACAAUCCAUUUUAUUAUAUUUUCCUUUAUAAACAAGAAAUUUUGUACAGAACAGUUCUGGCAGUAGGAAACUCGGGACAGAGAAUGAUAAUCUUGUUCCAAAACUGGCACGGAAGAGUGAGAGGUGGUGGUAGAAGGGCAAAGAAUUUUAACUUCGAUCAUGUGUGUAUAUAUACUAAUAAUUUAAUGAAGAUAAAUGAACUUCUAUAUGUUGUAGAAUGUCUGUGUUCAAUAAAGGUACAGUUAUUAUCAA